AGCGCUGAGCUGAGCAGGUGUCCGCGCCCCUCGCAUGCGGCGGCCGCGCGGGCGCUGGUAGCGGCCGGGCCGCGCUGGGCUCCGGCGCGCAGGGCCAUGUCGGUGGUGACUGGCGGCAACGAGGCGGCCGGCGGGCCCGGCGGGGGCAACGGAGCGCGUGUUUUCUUCCAGAACCCCCGGGGCGGCGCGAGCGGUAGCCCGGGCUCUUCUCGGGAGGAUUCGGCGCCGGUGGCCACGGCGCCCGCGGCCGGGCAGGUUCAGCAGCAACAGCGUCGCCACCAGCAAGGGAAAGUGACAGUGAAAUACGACCGCAAGGAGCUUCGCAAGCGGCUGGUGCUGGAGGAGUGGAUCGUGGAGCAGCUGGGGCAGCUGUACGGCUGCGAGGAAGAAGAAAUGCCAGAUGUAGAAAUCGACAUUGAUGAUCUUCUGGAUGCAGAGAGUGAGGAAGAGAGAGCUUCAAAAUUGCAGGAAGCUCUGGUGGACUGCUACAAGCCAACAGAGGAAUUUAUCAAAGAGCUUCUGUCCCGGAUAAGAGGCAUGAGGAAACUGAGCCCUCCACAGAAGAAGGGUGUAUGAUUCCGGACAGGAUGGCAUUUUCUCAAAGACCAAGAAAGGCCCUGCGAUGUAGACUUCAUGAAGACUUUUAUUAAACAAUAGUUGUUCUUAUGACAAACUUUUUUUGGUGUGUGGGGAGGGACUCUAUUAAUAUUUUAUUCAAAAGUGUUCUUUUUCGUUGUUUUUUAAAAAAGACUUUUAUUAGUGUAAUAUUUUAAUAGAAAAGGUAUCACAACUCUGACUGCAGCCUAACCAAGGAUGAUCAAAGCAGGGAGACAUCCAAGGAUAGGUGAGGCCAGGCUGUUUUCUGCAAAGACUCAGAUACUUAGAACCUUAUGAUACAGGGAAGAUGGUUUUCUUACAACCAAUUUGGUAAUUCUUCUUCUUCUUCUUCUUCUUCUUCUUCUUCUUCUUCUUCUUCUUCUUCUUCUUCUUCUUCUUCUUCUUCUUC